GUGAAAGGACUGAUGAGUGUGUGUAGUGCAGGAAUCUGUCGGUAAGAUUUUGGCUUUCCUCGGGGGCAUUUGUGGAUUUGUAGCGCGGAAAAUGGACACUCUGAACAAGCUGAAGCAGUUUGACGCCUAUCCCAAAACUCUGGAGGAUUUCCGAGUGAAGACGUGGGGAGGAGCGACCGUGACGAUCAUCAGCGGAGUCAUCAUGUUAAUCCUGUUCGUCUCCGAGCUGCAGUACUAUCUCACUAAAGAGGUCCACCCGGAGCUCUACGUUGACACCACGAGAGGAGACAAGCUGAAGAUCAACAUCGACGUCAUCUUCCCUCACAUGCCCUGCGCCUAUCUCAGUAUAGACGCCAUGGACGUGGCCGGCGAGCAGCAGCUGGACGUGGAGCACAAUCUGUUCAAACAGCGGCUGGAUAAGGAGCUGAAGGCGGUCACCCAGGAGGCGGAGAAACACGAACUGGGAACGGCGGACAACGGCAAAGUGUUCGAUCCCAGCACUCUGGACCCCAACAGAUGUGAGAGCUGCUACGGCGCCGAGACGGAGGACCUCAAGUGCUGCAACACCUGCGACGACGUGCGGGAGGCGUACCGGCGGCGGGGCUGGGCGUUCAAGAGCGCUGACACCAUCGAGCAGUGCAAGAGAGAGGGCUUCACGCAGAAGAUGCAGGAGCAGAAGAACGAAGGCUGCCAGGUGUACGGCUUCCUGGAGGUCAACAAGGUGGCGGGAAACUUCCACUUCGCCCCGGGGAAAAGUUUCCAGCAGUCUCACGUUCACGUACACGACCUACAGAGCUUUGGUUUGGAUAAUAUAAACAUGACCCACCUGAUCAAACACCUGUCGUUCGGUAAAGAUUACCCCGGCAUCGUCAAUCCGCUGGACGGGACGGACGUCACGGCCCCGCAAGCGUCCAUGAUGUACCAGUAUUUUGUGAAAAUUGUUCCAACUAUUUACGUGAAGACGGAUGGAGAAGUGUUAAAAACAAACCAGUUCUCAGUCACCAGACACGAAAAGGUGGCCAACGGGCUGAUCGGAGACCAGGGGCUGCCGGGGGUCUUCGUCCUGUAUGAACUCUCACCCAUGAUGGUGAAAUUCACUGAGAAACACCGGUCCUUCACACACUUCCUGACAGGAGUGUGUGCCAUCAUCGGAGGAGUUUUCACAGUGGCCGGCCUGAUCGACUCGCUCAUCUACCACUCAGCUCGGGCCAUCCAGAAGAAGAUAGAGCUGGGCAAAGCGUCCUAACAGCGCCGCCCGCUGGCCGCCUGCUGCAGCACAGACCGAGACACUGAGCCGGAGGGAGACGGAGGCUGUCCAUCCGCUCCUUCCUCCCUCUCUCGUGGUUUUUUUUAUUUGUUUUGUUUUGUUUUUGUUUUGUUUUCCUUCUGGAAAACCUUCCGGGCCUUUCUGAGCGAUGCGUGGAGCCGAGCCGGACGGCGCUCGGUUUUCCGGGAGCUUCUCGGAGGAGCUUCCUUCCAUCCAGUUUACGUCCGCCGGGGCGAGAGCCGCACUUUGAGAAACGCUUUAGUUCUUCACCUCCUUCAACAAGCCGCCGAUGGCGAAUUCAGCAGAAGUCGGUUUAGCGAUGGGAACUCCUCUCCACCUGCAGGCAGGCUUCCCGUCUCUCCCUCAACAGAUCCCGUCAGAACAAACGGAUGGAUCCUCGCCGGUCCGGAAAAAAAAAGCACAUUUAUCAAGAUGUUUUUGAUCUUUGGUAUAAAUUGGCGAGUUGGUUCUGAAGCAGAGAAACGUCCUGGUUUGUGAUUUCUGGGAUCUGUUGACGUGGAAAACGCCUGCAGGCAGAUCGUGAAACUGACACUGACGGUUCUCAACCUGCGGUUCAGGGACCCCACAUAUCGGUGUCAGUGGAAGUCAGUGGGGCAGUGGUUAGCACUGUCACCUCACGGUCAGGAGACCUGGGUUCAAUUCUGCACAUUAAUACAAGAGUGUUUCCCGCAGCGCUUGGCUUUAAUGUCAAGUUUUGUUUUUUUUCAUAUCCAAAAUCAGAAACAGUUUCAAAAGAGCAACACUUCAUCUGAAAAGAUCAGUGAUAAAUUGCUUCAAAGAAGUUGAUAUUCUUUGAAAUGAAUUAAGUAUUGAGUAAAGAAAUUUAACUCUUUCUGUUUAAAGCCACUUUCUGAAGGAUUAUUUACUUCAUUCUGGUUUGAAGACAUUUAAACUGAAAACUGCAAAUUCCGACUGUCCCAGUUGCACAGGAAGAUGAUUUCUCUGUUUUAAAUUUAUCACACUGAACUUUCAGGCCUAGAAGUCCUCAUUCAGUAAUGAAACUGUGCACUGGAUACAACAGGUAGAAAGGUCUAAAUGAAGGUUGAGUUUUACAGCAUGUUAACAUCUUAUACAUUCACCCAGUGUUCAAAAAAGUUUUUCCUUGAAUAAUGGGAUCAAUGCUUUAGAAAAAAUAAUGCAAUAAACAGUCAAAUAACAAAAAUGAACAAAUCUUUAAAAACAAUAGAUAACUUCAGAAUUUUCUUUUUAAAUGUAAAUAUUGUCUUUCCUCAAAAGAUCAACAGAUUUUGCUUUUUUCCCCAGGAAUAUCCGAAUUCUUCUUAAAAAUUCCAUUUUAAUUAUUAGAAUUUUUUUAAUUUGAUCUAUUCAUUAGUAAAAAGUGUUCAGAGAAAAAGCAAUUUGUCAAAAAAAAAUACCUGUUUGAAAAUUAACUUAUAAUAAUUUAGAUUUUAAAAUCCUACACAAAGUGGCUUUAAAAAGAGUUUUUAUUUCAGUCCUGGACAAAUUCAGAGUUGAAUCAGUGCAAAUUGAAUGAAGCCAAAAGGUCCAGAUGCCAAAACUCCCUUCAGUUUUCUCUGAGAUGUUUCUAGAUUUUCUCUCCAGAUGUUUAAACGGAGCUGCACCACCAAGUAUUCCCCGUUAUUCACGUUCAUGUUUACAGAAAGUCUCGUCUUUGGUAGGAAAGUCUCCCUUUUCUGGGCCUCGGCCUUCAGUCCGAUCAUCAGCAGCUUGAUUUACCUCACUUAGUUUUUGUAAAUAUUGUACAGACAGGAUGAGAAGGAACCGGACGAAGUCUGGAGGUGAAGGGUCAAAGGGCUGCUUUCUUUUCUCCCGUUUGUUCCACACACUCGACCCCUUGGACUGCUCACACACACACACACACACUCACACACUCCUCACCGCGCCCAGACGGUGGAGAAAUUCAGACUUUUCGUGUUUUGACGCCUCGUUUACCGUCGUUUUCAGGAGUUUACCGUCUUUAUUUCAGAAAGACUUGGACGCCGCCUUCAGGUUUUCUGAGUCUGAAUCUUAAAGAGUGUUUUAUUGUGAAAUAUUGGAGGACGAGGAUCAAAUAUCCAGGUUUAACUGAAACUACAGGAACCAGAAUGGCAGUUUAAAAAAAUGUCUGAAUAGGAGGAAUAAAUUGCUACAGAGAUUUUAAAGAAUGACCUAAAUGCUGAAGGAAUUAUUUUUUUUCUUUUUCUGUCACAAGAACAUGGUUUGAAUUAAAGAUGAAAGUCUGAAGAAUGAACUGGAAAUAUAGUUUAAAAGGAGACGAAGUCAAAUCGUCGGCAUAAAAAGUGAAUUGAUGAAAAUGUAAGAAGAAUAAUAAACAGCAAACUGCUGGAGCCUCAAACACACUGAGAGGAGAAGACGACUAAUGAGAGAUUAAAAUCAUAAUCCGCUUCACAAGGAUGCAGGAAAAUGCUGAGAAUAGAUUUAAAACAAAUUAAACAUCAGAUUUUGAGAGUAUGUUUUGCCAUACAGAUAUUUAUUUAAAGAGAACUACAAAUAGACUGUUGUUUCAGUGUUGAGGGGACAAAAAUGUAAAAUUCAAAUUCUGAGAGGAAAAUUAAAAAAAAAAUUUUUUAUGUACGAAAUCAGUAGAAAACUUACAGAACUGAAUUACAGAGAUAAUUAUUCUCAAAGUGAUGAUAAAUACAGCGUAACUUACUGAAGGGAAAAUGUAAAAAAAAAAAAUUAAAAAGUUAUUGCCUUAAAGAUUAAAUAUCAAUGUGAAAAAAAACUCAACUUGUAUUUUAUGUUUCAGACAUGAGAAUGAAAAACAGAA